AUGCAUCCCGUUAAACGUCGACGGCUUGACGGUCUCAACAAUCGCUACGACAACAUGAUCGACCAAGUCCAUCUCAUGUCCCGAGGACCCAUCGCAAAGCCUCGUCACCGACCCAGCCAUUCUUCUGGAUCUUCGUCUAUCAGUAGUCAUGACAUGCCACAUACACCUCUCGAUGCUUACACUAGUGCACUCACUGAAGGUCGACUAGGAAAGGACUUCUCGGUACUCAAGAUGAAAGAUGCUAGCUCUUCGAAUCAUCGAAGCUCAUCGCCAAACUCUGAUCUUGUCGAGCCGGAACCACCGCGACCUGUCGAGCCUCUCCCAUCUUGGCUGAAUGGCGCCUUAUCUGGCCUUGAUUCUCGACAUCCUCUUCGAAAUCUCGUGUCUCUUUCAAACUCUGCUCCCCAUAAUUUCGAGACUCGGCCUAUCAAGGGGAAUACAAAUGUACCGACCUCCAGGACUGAGGACCCUGAUAAUGUCUUCUCAUUCCACCCUCCUUCCAGCGAUUCCGUACCGCCCGCUGAACUGCCGGACACCAGUCUCAUCGAGUCUAACGACCUUUCUCCUCUGAAUACCUCGGUAUAUGCGCCUCACAUGACUCACCAUGCUUCCGACGACGAUAGACCUGCUUCAUAUUCCUCGACCAAAGACUCGUUCAUCCCUCCUGAUCACAUAUAUGCGCCUGCUUUCACUCACCAAGUUGCUCCAAAUGACCUCUAUGCUUUAUCUUCUCCCCUUCUUGCGCCUCCUGCUCUUGCUCCUACGCCUUCUCUUGUUAUGCACUUGAACAACUCGCAUGCCUUAUUGUCUCCCUCUAACUUAUCCCCUCAUGAACCGAUCCCGUUCUCGAGACCUGGGCCUGCUAGAAACGUCUCUUUUUCUCGUCAAAUCACAGCUGUGUCACCGCCUUCUUGGAAGAACGCACCUGCAUACCAGACCUCUUCGUCUCGUUCUGCGCUUUCUUUGCCUUUCAACAAUCGGAAUAGCCAGGCUCAUACCAUCGCAUUUGGAUCAUCCACUCUCGGCUCUUUCAUCUCGUCUCGUCCAUCCCGUCGCAGCGCUAUUACCUCUCCUUCUGAUCUCUCUCCUGAAGCCGCUCAACUUGCCGAACGUCACGACACCGUGUCUCCGCCAAUCUCUGCUUCUUCUUCGGCCUCUGGCGACCCCGCAUCUCACAAGGCGCUCACGAAAUCGCGUCCACUCCUUACGAUACGUCACCCAGGCUCUUCUCCCAUCAUUUCAUCCAACGAACAUGCAUCGGGACCGUCUAGUUCGACUACUGCAGCGACUCUCAUACCUAUGGAAGUGGAUGUAGACGGCCCUUCCCGUCCCUCGAACUUCCAUGACCCUGACGAUACUCUUCUGAACCAUGACGUCCAUAUCGAAAGCCCAUAUAACACGCCUUCAUCUUCCUCACUCUCCUCGCCUCCCGCUCCUGCCUUCGCUCUCGCACCAGCACCAGCACCAGCACCAUUUUCCCUCCCCGGCCCUACAUUCUCAACGUUCUCGUUUUCCCGUAAAGCACCUCCGCCUAUAUACUUCUCGUCUCCGACCGAGGACCCAUCCUCUGAUUUCGAUAUCCCACACGAUGCGGUAGACGUGGGCGAGGAAUCAUAUUCGUCUCCUUUCCUUUCUGAAGCUGAGAUGGAAGGGAAGGGGGAGGUACGAGGCAGGGUUGAAGACGAUAGGAAGAUGGACGGCGACGGAGUCGGUAACAUGGAGGGCGGGAGUGCAGGCGAGAGGAAUAUGGAUGUCGAUGAGACUUCAGAUGGGGGUUUAGAUGUGGAUGUGGAUUAUGAGACGCUAGGGUUUCGAUGGGAGCCAUUCGUGAGAGACGGUCGUUCACAUUCGAAUGCAGGCGCGGAUUCGAAGUCGACGGUCGUUCGUCCCUCCAACCCCCUCGCCGGCCCCGCAUGGUUCAACUCUCGCAGAUCGAACUCACAAUCGCAAAAACCUGCUCCGCCAUACAGCAACAUAAAUUUCAACGCAUUCACUCCUAUUCCCGAAGACUCGGUCCUUGAAUUCGAAGACGACGAAGCGUAUAGUCUUCCCUCUACGCUCGUUCGACGAUCCCGUUCUACAGACCCUGAUUUCCCCACUGACCACGAGCCCCCUCCACCAUUCAUCCAACACAAUAACGACGAGCAAAGUCAGAGUAUACCACCAUCCCGCAGUCCGACUCCGUAUCCGAGCUGGGAAGUCCCCGCUCCACGACGGCCCACCGUGUCCCAUUCAAACUCGAACUCGAACCAACGCCAUGAAGACAAUGCACAGAGACCCUCUGGCGAGGAAGCAGGUAGUAAUAUGGAUAUAGAUGUCGAGAACCAAAUGGACUUCGAAGUGGAAGAGGACGCGUCGAAAGCUUUUGCUCCCGCUCCAGGGAUAUACGUCUCGCCUUUGAGGAAGAACAACGAGCGUUCGGAGGGUUCUGAUGAGUCUCAAGGGUCUGGGGAGAUACCGCGCGUGGUGGGAGCGAGGGGUGAGGAGUCUUGGAGGGAGAGUAGAAGUGGAAUGGUAGAAAGGGAGAAGGAGGGUGGCCAAAUGGACAUGGAUGUCGCUGAGCACAGUGACGUUACGAAAUUGAAGGUGGAGGGUGAAGAUCGCGGUGAGGAGAGGCAUGAUUAUACGAGGUCAUUUGAUAACAAGGGAAAAGUUGGCGAGAACGGUAUGCCGUGCCGAGAGUCGAAAUUUGCGGAACAUACAUUGGUAACCGCACGACCGCAUACUAUCGAUCAUCGUCCUUCAAUGCAAGUUCGACCGGGGAAUGAUCCACGACUCAGACAUCAGCUUGCUCCCCCGGAUGCGAAGGUGCAGAUUCCUUCACCGCACCAUGGCGCAGCGAUAUAUCGUCCGUCUGAAUCACCGGAUGAUCAUGGACCCCUGAUGUCGUUCGGAGUACCACGACCCUCGGUGUCGUCUACAACACUUCCGCAUACGCCACCACGCAAGAACAGACCUUCGACUCCAAGCGUCCAUAGUAUCUCGCCUCCUCCGCCACAACGUAUUAUCAAUGGUCUUGAUAGUGCUAGAAACUCCACGGGCUCGAAGUCUGCCCUAUCGAGAGAAGGAGGGGCAACCCCAGGCCGUCAGUCAGGCGGGGGCGAAGACGCACAGCCCGACUCACAAAUAAGUAAUUCGACUUUAGUGCCAACGGAUGAUAUAUAUCGUGUCCCGCAAACACCUCCCCGUCGUACUUCGACUGCUAUGGAUCUUUCUUUUCCGACUCAGACCAAUGGCUCCACGCAAGAUGUCCCAUCUAAUUACCCCCAUACCAAUGGCACGCCUCACUCCGUCGAGCCCUUUGCGCGGUCCUCUAUCACGACGGAUGUACAAGCACCCCCUCCCGUCACGCCUCCACUCCGUAAACCGCGCGACGUCGAUGCCAUCAUGGAAGAGAUAGGAAUCAGCAUCAACAGCGUACAAUUGGACAGUGCGCGUCACCGCGAUCGCAAUGCUGCAUUCAUAACCCCCAUCGGCAUCUCCAGUCAACUUCGCGUUCGCCCCAACGCACAACCCGAAAGAACUCAGGUCCGCACUGCUACCCCGAUUCCGUCCCGCUUGACGGAGAUGAUGAUGGCGGCGAUAACGACUACUCGAGAUCGUAAUAAAGUUCAAGUUCAAGGAUGGAAACCUGUGUCUUCGUUACGUGCGCCUUUGCCACCUCUCCCAUCUCCGACAGGCUUACGGCAGCAGCGAAUGUCUACAUUAUCGUCGCUUUCCGGGCCCAAGGCAUAUACAAGCAGCGGUAAUGGGCAGGAAGCAGGUCAAGGAGAGGUACACAGUGCUGCCAGCAGCGCCAACGACGACGUGGAGAUGAUGCAGUCGACGGCAGACCCUUCGCGUACACAUUCUAUUACUGGGACCGAGGAGAUGGGCUCGGAACACGAUAGCAUAGAGUCUUGGGGAUGA